AUGGCUCUAACAACAAGAACUAAGAUCCUUAAACUCUUCACCACAAAAACGCAGUGUUCCGCUCUUGCUCGUGGAUCCAGAAAUGGUUUCCGGCUUGACCCGUUUAGAGAAUCCGAAUCUUUAUCGUCUUGUUCAUUUUUCUCGAGUUCAGCUGCAAGUGCGGUGGUUGAGGCCGAAACGGCUUCACCAUCUGCUGCGGUGUUGAAUGGGCCGAGAUUAUUUGGAUUGUUGAAGGAGUACGAGGAUUACCGGAGGAAUCUGUAUGGCGGGUUGACCCAUAAAGCCCUCUUUGUCGACGCAGUGGGCACUCUACUUGUUCCUUCCCAGCCAAUGGCUCAGAUUUAUAGGCAAAUUGGGGAAAAGUAUGGAGUGGAGUAUUCUGAGGGUGAGAUAUUGAACAGGUACAGAUGGGCUUAUGAGCAGCCUUGGGGAAAAUCGCGCCUCAGAUAUGUGAAUGAUGGGAGACCAUUCUGGCAAUACAUAGUCAGUUCCUCAACUGGGUGUUCAGAUUCUCAGUACUUUGAGGAGCUGUAUAACUAUUACACAACUGAAAAGGCUUGGCACCUUUGUGAUCCGGAUGCUGAGAAAGCUUUCAUGGCUCUUAGAACCGCCGGGGUGAAAGUGGCGGUCGUGUCGAAUUUCGAUACACGCUUAAGACCACUGUUGAGGGCUUUGAAGUGCGAUCAUUGGUUUGAUGCUGUGGCUGUUUCAGCUGAAGUUGAGGCAGAGAAGCCAAAUCCUACAAUAUUUUUGAAAGCCUGUGAGUUAUUGGGAAUACAACCCGAGGAUGCUGUACAUGUCGGGGAUGAUCGUAGAAAUGACAUGUGGGGUGCAAGAGAUGCAGGUUGUGAUGGCUGGCUUUGGGGAGCCGAUGUUACCUCCUUUACAGAGGUUGCUCAAAGAAUCGGAGUUCAGAAACCGGCAUCCCUAUUUCGCAGAUUCAAACACGGAAAUCGUUUUGAAAGCGCGCACAUGGAUGAAGAAGAAAGUGAAGGAAAAUAUUCCCGCCAAAAGAGUGCCUAG